UUUUUUACGCGCUAAAGAUGGCGAAUUCGGUUUUCUUCUCUGCUUAGUCAAUCGCGUCGGACCAGAGCUGCGGAAAGAGAGAAGGAAGAACGAAAUAACCGAAAGAACCCCCCCCUGACAUUCGCUUCCUUUCCUCUCCUUCUUUUUGACUUUCUUGUGAUCUUCGGAAUCCCUGCCACCCCCCGCAUCUCCCCUGCUUUUUCCCCGUUCACACACUCCGCUCGAGCUCAGCCGUCCGCCCCCCCCAUCUCCUCCGUCCUCCCCAGCGCGCGCAUACCCGACAGUCCUCGCGAUCUCGCGGUUCCUGGGUUCCUCUCCGUUUCGAAUCGCGCGAGGUUUUCGUGGAGGUUGGGGUUUCCUCUUUCGUCGCCGCGCCGGGCCGAGCGUGGGGGGGUGGGUCGCUUCAGUAGGUGAUUCGAGCUUCUUCCGUUCUUGUUGCCAUCUUGCCUUUUUUUUGUUCUGACGAACGGACUGUCGUUUUGAGUUGGUGGAGAGGUUCGUGGGGACAAACGGUCCGCCGCCGCCGCCGAUUCUUUUGAUGCCUGUGAUCGCCGGCGAGUUCGGGCGAAUCAAGUUGCCGUCCGGGUUUGUGUAGCGUCUCCUAGGCUUGGUUGGUCGUGUCGAGACUGUUGGGGAGGGAGUGAUUGCUGACGACUGGUCUUUGGAGAAAUGGAAUAUGAGAAUGGACUGUCUUCGCCGUCGUCUUACUUGUCGAACGGGUCUACAGAUCACGACGCGGCGGUUCCCGUCAUGAAUCCGGAGUCGGGCUAUAACCCUGAUCUUCUGAGCUUGACCAAGCUCAGCGAUAGUCUCGACAAGCUGCUGUGUGAUGACGAUUACGGCUACACUGACGCGGUGAUAGUGGUCGAGGGCGUCCCUGUGGGAGUCCACAGGUGCUUGUUGGCGGCUCGGAGCCAGUUUCUUCACGAGUUUUUCAAGCAGGGAGGCGGCGACAAUGCAAGGGAAGGAAAGCCGAGGUAUCCCAUUUCGGACUUAGUGAAAAAGGGUCAUGUUGGAUGUGAGGCUUUUAAAUAUGUGUUGAGAUACAUGUACACGGGGAAGCUCAAGCUAUUUCCAGCGGAGGUGUCGACAUGCGUGGACAGCAGUUGCGCACAUGACGUGUGCGGCCCUGCUAUUAAUUAUGCCGUGGAGUUGAUGUAUGCCUCGGCCACUUUUGAGAUAGCAGAGUUAGUGAUGCUUGUUCAGCGUCGUCUUUUACACUUUAUUGGGAAGGCCGCGGUUGAAGAUGUUAUCCCCAUACUUAAGGUUGCUUUCAACUUCCGGUUGAAGGAGCUUCUCCCAUCCUGCUUCGAAACAGUCGCCAGAUCUUAUAUGGACAGUAUUGUGUUAGAAAAGGAGCUUCCUCACGAGAUUUAUGCUGAAAUAAAAGUGCAACGUGACAGAUUUGGUGAGGCUGGUGAACCAAUGGUAACCGAAGUGAAUCCCUCGCUGGAAAAGAGUAUCAAGCAGAUCCACAAAGCUUUGGACAAUGAUGACGUCGAAUUGGUCAGGCGUCUCCUAAAUGAAUCGGUUGUCACUCUAGAUGAUGCUUAUGCUCUUCACUAUGCCACUGCUUACUGUCAUCCCAAGAUUUUCAAGGAGGUGCUUGGUCUAGGAUUGGCAGACCUUAACCUCAAGGACUCUCGGGGAUACACAGUACUUCAUGUGGCUGCAAGGCGAAAGGCACCGUCUAUUUUAUUGCCUCUGCUGUAUAAGGGUGCCUGUGCAAUGGAAAGCACAUCAGAUGGUCAAACAGCUGUUACAAUUUGUCGGAGAUCGACGAGGCCCAAGGAUUAUUUCCAGGAGACAAAACAAGGGCAGGAAUCUAACAAAGACCGAAUAUGCAUUGAUGCCCUUGAAAGGGAGAUGCAACGUCGUAUUUCGGAGGCUGGGUACAUGUCGAUAUCACCAGAUGCAAUAACUGAUGACAUUUACAGGCUUGACUACCUGGUUGGCAGAGUAAAAUUUGCAGCGAUGUUUUUUCCUGCUGAAGCCAAGAUAGCUAUGGAGAUUGCAGAUGCAGAGUGGACCUCAUUGUAUAAAGGUUUAGCAUCAAAAAGCUUGAAUGUAGACUUCAAGGAGGUUGAUUUGAACGAAGGCCCUGCUUUCCUUGCAAACGGACUUCAAGCACUGCGUAAAACAGUGGAAAUGGGCCGCCGCUAUUUCCCUCAUUGCUCAGAAGUUCUAGACAAAUUUCUGGACGAGGCUCCCGAUGAUUUCUUCCUUGAUCAGGGCACAUCUGAAGAGAAGACAAGUAAAAAGAUGCGUUUCAUGGAACUUAAGGAAGAGUUCCAGAAGGCCAUUAGCAAGGACAUGGCAGAGAACAAGAAAUCAGGUCGGUUUCCUGCCUCGUCAUCCUCAUGUUCUCCAAGACAAAGGAUGAAGAAAAAGUGAACUCCUCUCACCGGUACAUCUUCAGAAUUUGUAAGAAUCUGAGUGGAGAGAGAGCAUCCAUCUGGAAGGACAGAAGUCUUCCCCUGUGUGGUAACACAAUAACUCUCAACUUACCUCGCAAUAAAGCGCGUGCCCUGUAAAUUAUGUAGGAUAUAUCAAUGACUAUGGAAAAGAAAUAGUGAUUCUAGCCAUUGUCCUCGCAUGAACUAAACUACAUCAGAAAAGGAUGUAGUAGUCCACGUCCUCCAUGGAUUGGCAUUUCCAGAUGUGUUGUUACUUGUAAGAAAGAAUUUGACCUAUGUUUUGUACUAAUAAGUACUGUCCUGCCGAGUUGUAGAUAAAUCAUAUGGAGCUUUGAUCAUGAAACUGGUGAUUUGAUACGCGAUGCUGGUAUUUCCCUGA